CGGAUGAUUGGCAGGUAGCGAGACAGCGAGGACGCGCUCGACAUGCAAAUGUGCCGCGCUCAGCCUUUAGCGGCUGCCCAUGUGGACGGACACCAUGCCUUGUUGUUCUCCACGCCCAUUGGUUCCCUCGCAUUGACAUGUUUUAAUCAUGCGCUAAUGUACUGCGGGCUAAGGUUGGCGCGAAAACGCGGAACGUGGAUUCUGAGUCGUUUCGCUUCAUUUCCUGUCCAUUACGCUUUAGCACGUAAACGGAAACACACGUAAACGACGUUUACUUCGUCGGAUAACUUCAUUUUUAAAACUCCAUAACUUAAAUAACAAUUUUGAUCCCGUUUCUCUCAACGUUGACUCCCGAUCCCCUCGCCCUGUGCUCCAGCGUGCUCUGCCCUACUUUUUAAUCACUGAUAGUAUUAGGGAGGAGUAGCGCUGACGAGGGCGGACCUUGAAUGGUAUGCCUGUAGACUUGUUGUGUUUUCUGUUACUCCAAUCGCCAUCUUGUUGCCAGUGAAGUAAUGUGUUUCUGAUGUAUUUCGGGAGCGCUCUGGAUGUCUUAUGACUGCCUUUGGAAGCAAGUGGAUUAUACUGUGAAUAGUCAACCACGCGUAUCCGCACCGGGCUUUGCAUACAACGUUAUAUUCUGAAUAGGAGCGCACUGUGUCGGUGUUUAAAAUGAGUAUCGAUACUCUAUUGGAAGCGGCCAGGUAUUUGGAGUGGCAAGCCCAGCAACAACAGAUUACACGUGAGGAGGAGGAACGUCGAGAGAAGACCAAGCUGUCCCGCGAGGCCGAGCAGAAGCUCUUAAACCCCAUUAUCCAACCUGUCCAAAUCAACCAUGUGACCUGGACCGAAGACUUGUGGCCGCAGCACCAUCACCAGCAUCACCCUCCGGUGGUCCCGCCCCCUCCGCUCCCACCACCUGUAUCCAUCGCUGUCAUUCCCAUCCCGGUGGUCGCCGCCAACCCUGCGGCCCCUUCCAUUCAGACAUCUGCACCUCUUCAUGCGGCUUCACCCCUGCCAGUGGUCACGCCCUUGGCCGCAGCCCUGUCUCCACCAGCAGCCCCUCUCCUCAGCCCUAACGGCAAGGACGCCAAUUGCCCCCCACAACAACAGCAGCAGCAACAACAACAACAACAUUGUCACUUAGUUGCACACAUAAAAGCGGAAGCCAACAGUUUGCCUCAGACCAACAACAGUCCAAAACCGCAACAGACACAGGCGUUACUGCAGCCGUAUCCAGCUCCUAUCAUCGCUGCUCAACAUCCGCCCCAGCAACACACCCUACUACCCCAGCCGGCUCUACCCCAGCCCUCGCUGGGCCAGGUGCAGUCAAACCAGCCGCCCAGGACUAACGGAGCGUUUGUGGAUGAUGCACGCAGCCUGGAUGGGAAAAGGAGGCCGGGAGGGGCUGGAACUCGAGAAGUUCAUAACAAGCUGGAAAAGAACAGACGAGCGCAUCUUAAAGAAUGUUUCGAGACUCUCAAGAGGAACGUUCCUAAUGUGGAUGAAAAGAAAACGUCCAAUCUGAGUGUCCUGAGGAGCGCCCUUCGCUACAUCCAGACUUUAAAGCGAAAAGAAAAGGAGUACGAACACGAGAUGGAGCGUUUGGCACGGGAGAAGAUCGCCACUCAGCAGAGACUCGCCGAGCUAAAGAACGAUUUGAGCCAAUGUAUGGACGUCAUUGAGAUUGACAGGAUACUCAGACAGACGGUCCAACCCGAAGAUGACCAGGCAUCUACAUCAACAGCAUCGGAGGGUGAAGACAACUUUGACCAAGACGUAGAUGAAGACAUCCUCUCGUCCCCGCCCUUGUCUUCUGCUCCCAAACCGCCUGCACCGCCCGAGCCCCGUGUUGCCAUGGCUCCGCCCACCCUCCUCUCCACGCACAUCUCCAUCCAACACAGACCGACCCCCCUGCCCGUUGCUCCAUCCAACCAGCCUCAGCCCACCAUGGUCACCCCACAGGCAAUCGCACCCGCGCCCCCUUCUCACAUGGUCACCCCUCCUCAACCAACGGUCAUCACCCAUGCGUCUGUAUCUCACGCCUCUGUCAUCCAAGCCGUCAACCACGUCAUCCCAGCUGGGUCUAAACACUUGGCACACAUUGCGCCCUCUAAUGGCGGCCAGCCUAUCGGACACAUCACCAUGCACCCGGUGGCCCAUCUCCCAGCUGCCCUUUAUCCACAGUCGGUGGCCGUGUCGCAGCCGACAGUGGUUGGGCACAUCACGCACACGCUAGCGCACCACACUCACGCCCAAGUUAACGGCACUGCGACCCUGGCCCAGCAGGGUGCCAUGGUGGGGAAGCCCACGGCGGUGGUCGCCCAUCAUCACGCCGGGCUUAUGGGUCAGACGGUGCUCAAUCCAGUGACUAUGGUAACAGUACCACCCUUUCCAGUCAGCACGCUAAAGCUGGCCUGAAAGUGAAAGACUUCAGCAUCGGUUGAAAGACAACCCACGAAGCGAGCAGCAGAGACUGAAGAUGAAACACACUAGCUAGAUGAUAAAUGAGUGAUUAGAUCCCAUUCAAAGUUUCACUACAUCAGUAAGGCUUCAUUUAGGACCGGAUCGUCCUCUGGCUGUGUGUGCGAAAGGGGCUUGCGUGCCUUUGGCAUGCAGCUUUAGAUAUGAAUACGUGUAAUGCACUUCUUAAACUAAAUUAUGAGAUGGGUGCCAGUUUUUAGUAAUGUGAGUGCUAAAACAAAUCAAAUCUCUUCUUGUUCCUACUCUUCUUCAUGCUAUACUUUAUGUAAUUGCUCUGAUAUACAAGGCAAGCAGUCUAAAAAUGAUCUUAAUCAGUGUUAAUGAGUGCUUAAAAGGUCAAAAAUAUUGGAAGCAUGCAAGGGAAACGUUUACUGUGUUACCAUUUUAACAGGGGCUUUUAAAAACGUCUUUAAAUGGGGCUUUUGAAUAAAAGCAGGCAGGCAGACAUUCAGACUUCAACUAGAUCAGUUUUUUUCAAGUUGUAAUAAGAGAAAAUGUUAAGUGCCUAAAGCCUCGAAAUUAAAGCCAACUGUGACACCUGCUGCCUACACGAUGCAACGAUAUUGCAUUCACGCUGCGCAGAUUCAUCAGUGUAUGACAUCAUAGUACCAUGAGAACACAGUGUCGAAUCGCUCUUGCGGUAUUUUGUAAUCAUACUCGGCGCUGCAUGAACUCCAACACACAAGGCUUGUUCGACUUCAUGUGGCGCCACAAGAACCGACAGCCGGAUGACGUCAAAGUACCGCGAGAGCGAGACGAAACUAGUCUUCGUAUGAUUUCUUUAAUCGUUCUCACGGUACUUUGUCAUUUCUGGCGGCGCCGCAUAAAGUCGAACAAGCCUAUAGUCUUUAAAGAGUCGUUAUAAAGAAACAUAACUAAGUUCAACACAAUUUCAAAUCUGAUAAAGACAAGUAAGCAUCUAAACUCCCAGAAAUCACACAAAAUAUUAUUAUUAUACUUAGUUAUGUGCGAUUGACAGACACUUCAAAGAGUAAAAAUGGUACACUGCAUGCCGAGACGUCGGUCAUAUGCUCUUCAUUUUGAAUGAGUUACAUUAGCAAAAUACAGCACACUCUCGUGCUUACACAAUGAAAAGCAUCAAGUCGUUCAAUCAGCUGUGCACACGCGCUGCAACUCAACACUGUGUUUAUCGCAUUGCCCAGCCACGUUAAUUUGUCGUUUUUGAAAUUAUGAUUGAUUGUGUGAAUUGUUGUGUAGUCGGUGGCUUGUGUAUAAGCAUUUGGCUUUAAGGAGGUUUAAAAACCCUGCUGAAGUAAAUAGCUAAAAAACAGCUUUACCAAACUGGGAGGACAAGCUAAAACCACAUAAGACCAGCAAACCAGCUUAGCAGGGACUCAGAUGUUCCUAUUAAAGCCUCUGUACCAAUAGCGGUUUAAUGCUUUUGUCACAAAUCCUGUUAUUCUCACCGUUGCUUUCUAAAGGCACUCGCUUGGUCAAACCUGCACAAAGUUUGCUGUCUUGCUCCGUUUUCUUGUGCAAGUGUGACGGUUGACUGCUAAUGGAUUGGUAAACCCGACUAAGUAUGUGAAUUGUUGCUUUAUACUGUCACUUUCAAACUGAACACUGUGAUUUCUGCUCCUAUUAUCUUCACCCUGCUGCAAAACCCCAAAGCUGAGGUUUUUCUUAAAGUUUCUGUUUUACGUGUCGACUUUGUCCUCUCCUUUUUGGGGAUGUGAAGAUAAAAUGAUACAAGCUGUGCUUCACAGACUCACCCAACAAACAAAAAUAGUUUUGUUUUUCUUUUUUUUUAAUAUAUGUGUAUGGAUGUAUGUAUAUAUGUGAGGUAUAUGCACGCAUUCACAUAUAGACGGUUUCUCAUGGUGGCCGUGGUUACGCGCUCGGCCUGAACUUAACUUCCGAUCUGUGUAUGUUAAUCGGUCUGGCUAGUGGCUAAACUGACUUAUGUUGAAAAUAAAAAUGUUUUGGUUUCCUAAAGACGAUGGGAGACGAAGAGAGGUUAGGCAGCCAGACAAGAAUUCAAGGAUCUGUAGCUAACAUUGUAUACAUUAAUUUAAAACAAUAAUGUUAGCUCAGUGUGGUAGUGGAUAUGCUUUAGCAGAAGUCUACCCGAGGUUAAGUUUGAGCCACAAAAGCCGUUUGUAUGUUGUUGUAGCUGAAACCGUCUAUACGUGUAUGUGUUUUUAGGAUUAUACUGAUGCCUCGUUUCGCAUGUAGAUUUUGAGUUUUUUGUUGGUUUAAAUGUUAACCCCUCCCUCUUUCAUUUUUGGGACCAUGUAUCAUACUGUAUGAUGUGGGCGGGACCGUUAGACCUCAUUCUACAUUGAUAUUAUAUAUGAAUAUAUGAAAAACGGUGCAUUUUCCCUAUGGAGAAAGUUUAAGUUAUAUAUAUCGCCUGUACAUUUUGGGCUGCAUUAAGAUCGAAUUGUCCAUCAUGUUUAACUGAAAUAAUAGUAAUAUGACUUAUAAAAUAUGCUAGAUUACUACAAAAACAUAAUGACGAUUCAUAAUAAAUCUUAUGACAUUUACAA